AUGGAGGCGCUGGUUGCGCAAGUAGUAGCACUUUCCAAUCCAAACGACUUGUCCCAGCUGCAAACCACGCUGAAAAACUCCGAUACAACCUUUACCCAGAAUUACCAGCAUAUUGCACCAGCUUUACAGGCACUAGAUCCUGUGCAGCACUCCCUGGGCUUCGCUUAUUUCCUCCACCAUCUGGGAAGGGGCAACCUGCAUCUGCCUGACGUGGCCUUCAUCGACAACGCCACACGCUUCUUCACUGUUUGCCAGGCGGGGCAAAUCCAACUAGCGCCAGACAUUUUAUGCUCCGCGGCUCGCAAGUACAAGGAGCACCUGAUCGCUGCCAACACCCCCCGCCAGGGUAUCCUCCCCUUGCGUGCGGCUCUGCGGGCCCUGCAGCCCACCCGGGAGGUGCUCACUCCGCUGCACGCCGACUUCUUUCAGCUCUGUUUGCUGUCCAAGUGCUACAACGCCGCGGUGCCCGUACUGGCGGACGACAUCUUCGAUGUGGCUCCGCAGCAAACCAGCUGCACCCCCACUGACCUCUUUCUGUACUGCUACUAUGGCGGCAUGCUGUGCAUAGGUCGCAAGCAGCACGCCCGGGCUCUGGAGCUGCUCCUGCAGGCCAUCACCGCGCCCGCGGUGGCGGGUAAUGCGAUCGUGGCGGCGGCGUAUAAGAAGUACGUGCUGGUCUGCCUCAUACAUGCAGGCCAGAUGCUGCCGCUGCCCAAGUUCACGUCAUCAUGUGUACGGCAGGUGAUUGAAUCCGACGCUAGGCCGUACAACAAGCUGGCGGCUGCGUACGCCUCCCGGAACCCGGAGAAGCUGAGGCAGAUUGCCAACAAGCACACGGCGGUGUUUACCGCGGACAACAACCUGGGCCUGGUUCGUCAGGUGGUCGCAUCUCUGACGGUUUGCUCCAUUCAGCGCCUCACUCAGACCUUCCUCACACUCAGUCUGACGGACAUCGCGGCUAACGCGGGGUUGUCGGGGGCGGAGGAGGCGGAGGCCAGGAUACUCAGGAUGGUGGCCGCGGGUCAAAUCCACGCCAAGAUUGACGGCCGGACGGGGAUGGUGCGGUUCGCGGAUGAGACCUGGGCGGCGUCCGGGGCCGCCGCUUCCUCCUCCUCUUUUUCAGCCGCCGGGGGUGGAUCUCUGUGGGACAGCGCUGGCGGUGUUGCAGCCCUGGAUGGGCGCAUGCGGCAGGUUCUGGAGCUGGGGAAGAGGCUGCAGCAGGCGCAUGAAAUGGUGUCGCAGGACCGUGCCUACCAGUCCAAGGUCACGGCCCGGGAGAGGUCUAAGUGGGACUUGGGGGCGGCGGUGGGGGGGGCGGGUGGCGGUCUGGCGGGGGCCCUGGGGGUGCCGGGGGCCGCUGCGGGUUCUUUUGCGGCAUGGUGGAUAGGUCCAAGCUCCUUCGUAAUGAACGCGGCAGUAGUUGAACAAGGGGGGAUGGGCCUGAGGACUAACAUGCGCUGUGUUCCUUAA